AUGUACGUCUCCCCCUUGUGGCAUAUCAUAAUAUUUCUUGGUCUUGGCAUCCGCGACGCUCAGGCAGGGAAGUGCCCGAAGGUUUGCAUAUGCGACAAUGUCAAACUGACGGUUACUUGUGCGAAAAAGAACCUUACCGAGGUUCCACCCACCAUCGACGAGAUCACAGUGAAGUUGGACCUGAGAGGGAAUGACAUCCAGGAACUUCCCACAGGAGCGUUUGCUCACACACCUUAUCUCACUCACCUAUCCCUACAACGCUGCAACAUCCGCAAAGUGCGGGAAGGAGCUUUCCGAAGCCUGGGUCGCCUGGUCUUCCUGAACUUGGCAGAUAACAACAUUGAGAUCCUCUACCAAGAGUCUUUCGAUGGCCUGUCCUCUCUAAAGCAGCUCCUCGUCGACCGUAACAGGGUGGAGGAGAUCCAGCCGGGAGCUUUCUCUCAGCUGGGCUUCCUCAACCUCCUCUCGCUCACUCACAACCAGCUGGUGUACAUUCCCAACAUGGCCUUCCAGGGCCUCCAGAACAUCAAAUGGCUGCGUCUCAGUCACAACUCCCUCAACAAUCUAGCCACAGAGGCUUUCGCCGGUCUCUUCACCCUCACUCGCCUCAGCCUGGACAAUAACGAGCUUCAGUUUUUCCCUACUGAGACCAUGACCAGACUUCCAGAAGUGACUCGCCUAGACCUCAGUCAUAAUCCUAUGACGUAUUUGGGUGAAGAGACAGUGUCUAUGGCUAAGCUCACUCAUCUCUUCCUGGACCACAUGUCUCUGCAGGAUUUCUCCAACACGGCCGUGCUACUCUCUCCUCGCCUCACCCACCUGGACCUAAGCCACAACCAACUGCGUGUGCUGCAGCCCCUGGUCGCCGGUUCGCCCAAGCUGACCCGCCUUAACCUGGCCGGCAACCCCAUCUACUGCAGCUGCUACAUGCGGCCCUUGCGCGAGUGGGCGAUAAAAGAGCGUGUGCGUCUCGGGGGGACGUGUGGGGGUCCAGCGCACCUGUCCGGGGAGAACCUGGAGGCGGUGCAGCCUGCCGAGCUGCGCUGUCAGAGUCAGGAGGCCAUGCUGAAGGCCGAGCUGGAGGAGCAAAGCAGAGCACCUCCUCCUCCUACGGAACCUCCCACCGACAAGGUCAAGUGCCCAGCCAACUGCAACUGUGAGGCCGAGAACCACCACUCUUCCUGCGAGAACCGAGGCCACACCAAGGUCCCUCGCGGUUUUCCUGCGGACACACGUCUCCUAGACCUGCGUGGGAACCACUUCCACUACAUCCCCAGCAACAGCUUCCCCGGGGUCGCCCAAGUAGUCUCCUUGCACCUGCAGCGCUGUAAGAUCCACGAAGUGGAGGGUGACGCGUUCAGUGGCAUGAAGAGCCUGGUGUAUCUGUACCUGUCAGAGAACGACCUCACCUCCCUCAGCCCAGAUACGUUUAAAGGUCUGCCUCAGCUCACAUACCUUCACUUGGAGAAGAAUCGCUUCACCCAGUUCCCUAAAGGUGCCUUCAGGCUACUGCCUGGCUUACUGGCACUGCACAUGGAGAACAAUGCCAUCACCAAACUGGAGGCGGGAGUCUUGACGGGCACUGAGAAACUGAGGGGUCUUUACCUCACCUCGAAUUCCAUCGGGAACAUCUCCCCCAGAGCUUUUGACCCCGCACCUGACCUAGACACUUUGCAUUUGGGUAGCAACAAGCUCAAAGAGGUGCCGACCGAUGCCCUGUCAAAGGUCAGCAGCCUGGCAGAGCUUCGCCUCUCGAGGAAUCCUAUUCGCUGGAUCGCAGCAGAAGCUUUUCUGCCGUUUGCAGUCGCACUGAAACAUCUGUAUCUUGAUAACAUGGGUUUAGAAAAGAUGUCUAAGGAUUCUCUCGCUGGAAUUGGAGCUGGACUACGCAGUCUCUUUUUGGAAGGGAACCAGCUGGAGGAGCUGCCUGAUUUAAAUCCUCUCACUGGGCUGGAGGUCAUCAACCUGGCUGAGAACCCGCUGCUUUGUGACUGUCCGCUGCUCCCACUCCGCAAGUGGAUCGAGAAGGUCAACCUGAAAGUCAGAGCUACCUGUGGUCACCCGCCUGAACUGCGAGGUCGUAAGGUCAAGGACGUCCACGUCUUCAGGAGCUGUCCGGGCGAGAGGCCACCUCCGCCACAGACUCCCAGGACCUCACAACCUCCUAAAGCCACCAAAUCCAAACCUGCGCUCAUUAAUCCCCCUACGGUGGUCAGAGUGCUUAAAGGCAAACCCAAACAAUCUAAGAGCGCGAAAACCUCCUUCGCACGGAGGUCUGCAUUCAAGAAAAGAAAGUUUAAUUCUCCUUAA